CUCCAUUUUAAACAUCCAGCUUUUAGUGAUUCGGAAUAUUGAAAAGGGGAAUUUAUAACAUCAUAUAAGAUCAGUACAUAAAGUAUGGCGAAGGUAGAAAUUCCUUUAGACAAAAGCAAAUAUAAUGUGUUUUUGGAAGUUGCUGGUGCUGACAGGGAUUUGGGAAGCGUUGUUAAGAAAAGCCUAACAGAUUUAGGGAUGAAGGUGAUGGCAUUCAAGGAAGAUUAUCAUCCAGGUGAACCCUAUUUACAGAAUUUAAUGAAGAGGACAACUGAGUCGCAACGUAUGGUUGUCAUUUUAACACCAAAUUCAAUCAAAAACCCUCGUGUUAUGUAUGAGUCCUAUCAAGGCAUAAAGAAAAUGUUGGAGCAAGAUCGGCGUUUUUUGAUUGUGCUGCGAGAUGGGAUAACACGUAAACAGGUACCACCAAUGCUCCGUUGGGUGACUGACAUUGACUAUCAAGACCCAUGGAAACAAGUGCCUUGGCAGGAAAAAAUAAAACAUGCAAUAACAGUCAUCAAACCAUUGGAUAUCAUUUUGCAAGGAAAUGACAUUGGAUUUGGGAUGGCUUGGGGCUAUUUCUACUCCUACCUGAACAUCAUAGUACCACCACAAGGCCCUGCUGGUAAAAUGCUUGAUUUGAAGGGUCGCAUUGAAAAGCACCUGGCCACCCGUGAAAACCAGGACAUCACAUACAUGCCUCGCAAAAUCUACAUCCUGGUACCAGAAUCUGGCAUUCUGCCCAGUAAUAUAGCGAAUGUAGAUGAUCGCAUUACAUUGCGUGAUAAGGACAAAGAUAAGUUGAAGACAGAAGUGAUCAGAGGAGGUACUCCAAGACCAUACAUGAAUAUGAUACGAACAAUUGAAGAUGGUGGAAAGAAGUAUCAGUGCCUUGUGGAAUAUGCCACUGUCUUACAACCACUGAAGGAAAUGGAAGAUAACAAGGACUUGACUGAAUUUCAAGCCAUUGACCGUGAAGUACAAAUCAAGGUUUUCUAUCAAACCCUAAAGAACAUCAUAAGUAACACAUUCACUAAGGAGCAACAAGCAAUGGUUGAAGUGGUGCACCUUAGAGAUGGGACCACUGAUGAGCCUGUUCCACUACAUAAAGAACUGUUGGACAGGAUAAAAAAUGAUCAGUUAGAUGGUGACAUUGAGACCUCCACUUCCUCAGAGCAGCCGAUGAACAUUGAAGAAGAUCAAACAGUUAUGGAUGAAGCAGUUGUUACAGUACCACCCCUUGAAAAUGGUCAACUGUACCAUGUCUAUCUGGCCUAUGCAGAAAAGGAUGAAAAAGAGGCUUAUGAAGUAAAAGCCAUGUUGUUAGAAGCAGGAUUCUCAGUGAUGCUAAGCAAAGACGACUUCACACCUGGCAUGCCAAUGUUAUUGGAGUCAGGAAAAAAAAUGAAAGAGUCAAGGCGUCUAAUGCUGCUUGUUACUGAGAAUUUUCUGAAGCAAAAAGAGUCUAUGUAUGAUGCACAACGAGGAAUAUCUAAAAUGAUUGAAAUGAGUGAACGAUACGUGAUUGUGUUGCGAAAGGGAAAGGAUAAAAGAGAGCUACCAAAGUUCUUGACCUGGGGAAAUGAUAUUGACUAUGCCAAUCCAAAUCGUGAUGAAUUGCUCAGAUAUGCUCUAACUGAUAAAUCUCCUCCAUUGAGGAUUGACUUACUUGGAAAUGAUGUUGGGUUUGGCAUGGCCUGGGGGUACUUCUACUCCUAUUUGAAUGUCAUAGUACCACCACAAGGUCCUACGGGUGAAAUGCUUAAUUUGAAGGGUCGCAUUGAAAAGCACCUGGCCACCCGUGAGAACCAGGACAUCACAUACAUGCCUCGUAAAAUCUACAUCCUGGUACCAGAAUCUGGCAUUCUGCCGAGCAAUAUAGCGAAUGUAGAUGAUCGCAUUACAUUGCGUGAUAAAGACAAAGAUAAGUUGAAGACAGAAGUGAUCAGAGGAGGAACACCAAGACCAUACAUGAAUAUGAUACGAACGAUUGAAGAUGGUGGAAAGAAAUUCCAGUGUCUUGUAGAAUAUGCUACUGUGAUUCAACCAUUGAAAGAAAUGGAAGACAAUAAAGGGUUGCCUUCUUUCACAGCUGAUGACCGUUUCCAACAAGUGAAGGUAUUCUUCGAAACUCUGCGAGACAUAAUUUGCAAUACAUUCACAAAGGAAGAAAAGUCAAUGGUUGAGUUAGUGGUGAUUGAAGACCAGAAUGAAAAUCAGCCUCGCCUUGCUGACACUUUGUUGAGCAAAAUCAAGGCAGAUAUGAUUAAGUGA